GGCUGUAGUGAUCUCAGGUGCAGGAAAGAUGUUCUCUUCAGGUAUCGACCUCAUGGACAUGGCUUCAGACCUCCUGCAGCCCGAAGGGGACGAUGUGGCCCGCAUCAGCUGGUACCUGCGUGACCUCAUCAGCAGAUACCAAGAAACCUUCAGUGUCAUUGAGAAGUGCCCCAAGCCCGUGAUCGCUGCCAUCCACGGGAACUGUAUCGGAGCAGGUGUGGACCUCAUCACCGCCUGUGACAUCCGCUACUGUACCCAGGACGCUGUAUUCCAGGUGAAGGAAGUGGACGUGGGCUUGGCUGCCGAUGUGGGGACACUACAGCGACUGCCCAAGAUCAUCGGGAACCAGAGCCUGGUCAACGAACUGGCCUUCACCUGCCGCAAGAUGAUGGCCGACGAGGCCCUGAGCAGUGGGCUGGUCAGCCGCAUGUUCCCGGACAAGGAGCUCAUGCUGGACUCGGCCUUGGCCCUGGCGGCCGAGAUUGCCAGCAAGAGCCCGGUGGCCGUGCAGAGCACCAAGAUCAACCUGCUCUACUCCCGCGACCACCCGGUGGCCGAGGGCCUCAACUACAUGGCGACCUGGAACAUGAGCAUGCUACAAACCCAGGACAUCGUCAAGUCGGUGCAGGCCAUGAUGGAGAAGAAGGAUGCGAAAAGUGUCACCUUCUCCAAACUCUGAGAGCCCUCGGGUCCCCAGCCUGCGGCGCCUGGGGUCCGGCUUCUCUCUACAGAGCGGAUGGGAGACGGUAUCCGAGUGUCCCUCAGUGUAUUGCCUGCGACACCGAUUUCAAGCCCAGGGCCUUCUCUUCGCUCUUUGGACAAUAAAACAUUAUAAAGAA